CCCUUCCUCUCUCUGCUUCCUCGGCAAGGGCCUUGUUUUCUCUUCGUAGCUUCGUCCGGUCAUUCCCACAUCUCGAAGCAGCUUUGCUGUUGAUGUGCUGACGUAGCCCCGACAGCCUUUCCACAGGGUAGAUGGACGUGGACCAGCCUGCCUCUCUGCACUUGGUAGCCAGAUCUGUAUACCUGGCUGCUUUCUGCUCGUUGGCAGCUUGGAUUUCCUCCUCCCAGACGAUGUUCCUGGUAUGCAAGCGGAAGUUGGAGAGUAAGAAAGAGGCCUUGCUCAUUCUCUCUAAAGAGCUGGACACAUGUCAACAGGAGCGAGACCAGUUCAAACUGAUGGCCAACCAACUGAGGGAGCGACACCAGGGACUCAGGAAAAAGUACACAGAACUCCUUGAUGGCGACUCGUCUUUGCCUCCUGAAAAGCGCAACCAGGUGAAUCUGGCUCAGAUGCUGCGGGACUGUCGAGAGACAGUGAAGCAUCUUUCAGAGGAAGUGAAAGAGCUAAAUCAGAGGCUGGCUGAAGCUCAGGGUGAUAACAAGUUGCUGAGGAUGACCAUCACCCGACAAAGACUAGGAGAUGUGGAGGUUGGCGUGCGUCACUUCCCAGCACAUGAACGUGAUGAUCUUGUGUGUCUGCUUGAGAAGGCCGGAAUGCAGAUCAAGGAGAUGGAGGACAACAUGAAGGAGCUGAUGGACGAAUUGCAUGAUGUGAAGGUAGAGAGCUCUGUGUAUAAGGAGAAAACUGAACGCCUUAACUUGGAACUCAACCACAUCCUGGGCAAUCAUGAGGCCCGGAUCAUUGAUUUGGAUGCCCUCUGCAUGGAAAACAAGUACUUGCAUGAGCGUUACAACCACUUACAGGAGGAGGUCAGUCUACUCAAGUCCAACAUAGUAAAGUACAAGACAGCAUUGGAGAAGAAGAGAAACUGCCCCGUGAAUGGAAAUGCCAAUAAAUGCCUUAUGACUGGGGUCAUCACAGCCAAACAAGUCCAGGAAAUGCUGUUAAUGGAUCAGAGUUGCAGCCUGCCUGCCACCCCUCAAUCCAUCUCUGACCUGAAGUCACUGGCCACAGCCUUGCUGGAGACCAUCCAUGACAAGAACCUGGUCAUUCAGCACCAGAGAAACACCAAUAGAAUCUUAGGAAACAGAGUAUCAGAUUUGGAACAGAAGCUGAAAACCCUGGAGGUUUCGGGACUUUGGAGUUUUCCAGGCUUGCACAAAGACUCAGCAAUGUGUGAAAGCCUGCAGCCAAAGCUUGAUCCGACUCGAGACACAUCUUACACAGGGAGACCAGGUCUGGUGUACGUGGAACGUUGACUGAACAAAAAGUAACUAUUAUUAUUAAACUGACGGAGUGAUGGUAUUCCUGAGUGUGGCCCCAAAAUGGUUCUCAGCAGCUGAUAAUCAGUCAAGAGGGUGAAUUGUCUGGUACUGGUACUGGUGAAAGCGUUGUAUUCCCUAAAUGAUAAUGAGGGCUUCUCUUUCUAAUUGUAUAUAGUUAAUCUCAGCCUUAUUCAUUGUUUGUGAAGCAAGUAAGUUUAGUAUUUGUCCCUACAAAUCUGGAGACCAUUUUCUUGCAGUCUCCCCAGGUCAGCAUUCAGAUUUUGCAGGUCGGUGGUUCCUGUGCACACAAUGUCACCUAGAUAGCAUUGCGCUCCAGGAUGCCCUUUUAGAAUCUGAUCCAUGGCAUGUGGGGAAUGGGCUGGUGAUGAACUAAUUCCAAAUGGAAGAUGACAAUACCUGUACAACCCCAUCUGUGUAGUAAUUGUGUUUCCUGCACUCUACUUGGACACACAUUUGUAAGCAGGCUUGAUUCAGAUCUAUUUUGCUGAACUUUUGCCCUCAACUCAGUCCGGCAAACAAGUCAUCAUGUUGCUCAGCCUCUGGAACCAGGUUCAUAGUCACUCUAAAUUCUCAGCAGAUACAAAUUUCUCUAGUUUGUUUACUGACUGGUACGAUUGGUCUGGCCCAUUCGCUAGUAGUUACACCUUACAAAACACCAGUAAUGACAAGCAUAUCCAGCAGUGCCUCUACUUGGGCCCAAAAGGCACCGGUCUUGCUUUUAAGAAUCUUGACGUGGCACCUGGUUUAAGAGCUAACUCUUAUGAUCUCUAUGAUGUCUUUCAUUUUUCCCAGCUCAUUUUUGAACACCUUUUUGUGAUUUUCCAGAAUGGUGUCUUAAUUCGGAAGUUGCGCUCUGCAUAAUUUUUACAGUCUGUCAAUAAAAAAAAAAAAAUUUAAGUCUUCAGUGCUUUCAAAAACAUUUCCAGCCACACUCCUUCCCUUUCUCUGCAAGUGCUGGUGGAAGCAGCAGUGGCAUUCGUGAUCCUGUUGUAAACGGCCGUGAUGAUGCCCAGCCAUCAUCAUUGUUGCCUGGAAGAUGAGGAAGUAAGUCUAAACAUCCCAGAGCAUUCCUUGGGCCACUGUGGACAAAACACACAUGCACACUCAAGAUUUGUUAAGGAGGAGGAAGGUCACUUGCAGUGGAAACCCCUGAAGUUAUGAUGUCAUCAUCAGCAUGUGUCUGUGUGUUAGCAAAAAUGUUAAAUAUAUGAAUCUUUCUUCUUGGCUACUACUGUGUUUUGUGAGUGAGUUCUGACUAUAUGUGAAAUUAUUAAAUGUGUAUUAAUGUAAAAUAAAUAAAUAAAUAAAAAUACAGCUUAGGCAUGGUGCCCUCUGAUUGGUUUUCUUGUAACAUACAUUUUAGAUAAUAAUAAUAUAUACUGAUAUACUCCUGAUUUUUGAGGUUUUCCAACUUACAAAUGUAGAAGUCUGUAAUUUAGUAUUUAUGCACUCUUCAACUGUGACGGAAUUUAAAACGAAAAUCCAGAAAAUAAGAAAUAAUGUAAAUAAUCAAUUUGCAUUUUGUUGACUUUUGAUGAGUUUAGUAUUUGAUACAGAACAGAUCAGAACAUAACUUAAUCUUUGUAAUUACAAUGAUCAGUUGUUUCCUGUAGUCCUUGAUCAGGUUUGCACACACUGUAGCAGGGAUUCUAGCCCACUCCUCCACACGAAUCUUCAUUUUUCAGGGCUGCCGCUGGGCAAUACUGACCUUUGGCUCACUCCAAAGAUUUUCUAUUCAGGCCUGGAGACUGGCUUGAGACUCCAGGACUUAGCUUAGGAGCCACUCCUUAGUUGCCAUAGAAGGCCCACCCACAACCCAUCUCCAAUGCUGAGGGAAGAAGAUUGUUGGCCAAGAUAUCACGAUAAAUGGCCCCAUCCUUCCUCCCCUCAAUAUGGUGCAGUUGUCCUAUCCCCUUUGCAGGAAAGCAUCCCCAAAGAGUGAUGUUUCCACCACAGUCGGGAUGAUGUUCAUGACAUUUUACUCAUCCUUCUUCCUCCAAAACAUGGCGAAUGGACUUAAGACCAAAAAGCUCUACUUUUAUCUCAUCAGACCACAUGAUUUUCUUCCAUUCCUCCUCUCGAUCAUACAGAGUGUCAAUGACAAACUUCAGACUGUCCUUGACAUAUACUGGCUUGAGCAGUGGGACCUCGAGUGUACUGCAGGAUUUUAAUCCAUGACAGCAUAGUCUGUUGCUGAUGGUUUUCUGUGAGGCUGUGGUUCUGUUCAGGUCAUUGACCCGGCUCUGGUGCGUAGUUCUGAUCAUCCCCCAAUGAUACACCACAAGGAGACGUGCUUGGUGCUCCAGAUCGAGGGAGAGUUUUUAAAAUACUUGUUCUCCUAACUGUAUGUACCUGUAUAUAGAUGAUAUUCUUUACAGUUAUCUUUCUGUGUUGGAUAUAUUCAAUCUUGUGUUAUAAUGAAAAUGCUCUCAUAUGUGUUUUCUCUUUUGGUAGCAAAUGACAGAAGAAGUUCAGAUGCCUUUUUAUGGGACUGUCACAUUAUCACCACCGUACCUGGCCCUGAUGUUGUUGAUGUGGGAACCUCACCUGAACCUCUCAUCAACCUGAAUUAUCCACCAGCCUUAGACAGGAAUGGACGUGAC